GGACCUGGCGGGCAAAUAUCGUCAGAUAUUGGAAAAAGCCAUUCAGCUGUCGGAUGUAGAACAACUUGAAGCUUUGAAAGCUUUUGUAGAAGCAAUGGUGAAUGAGAAUGUCAGUCUAGUGAUAUCUCGUCAGCUGCUGACAGAUUUCUGUACCCAUCUGCCAAGUCUUCCUGACAGCACGGCCAAAGAAAUUUACCACUUCACCUUGGAAAAGAUACAGCCUAGAGUUAUUUCAUUUGAAGAGCAGGUCGCUUCAAUAAGGCAGCAUCUUGCAUCAAUCUACGAGAAGGAAGAAGACUGGAGGAAUGCAGCGCAAGUAUUGGUGGGGAUCCCUUUGGAAACAGGGCAAAAACAGUACAAUGUAGAUUAUAAACUGGAGACCUACCUGAAAAUUGCCAGGCUCUAUCUGGAGGAUGAUGACCCAGUUCAAGCAGAAGCUUAUAUUAAUCGAGCUUCCCUGCUUCAGAAUGAAUCAACUAAUGAACAGCUGCAAAUCCAUUAUAAGGUUUGCUAUGCUCGAGUUCUUGAUUACAGAAGAAAGUUCAUUGAGGCUGCCCAAAGAUACAACGAGCUCUCCUAUAAGAGCAUAAUCCAUGAAACUGAGCGACUGGAGGCAUUGAAGCAUGCUUUGCAUUGUACUAUUUUGGCAUCAGCAGGACAACAGCGUUCUCGCAUGCUUGCUACACUCUUCAAGGAUGAGAGAUGCCAGCAGCUUGCAGCCUAUGGGAUCUUGGAGAAAAUGUAUCUUGACAGAAUCAUCCGUGGAAAUCAACUGCAAGAGUUUGCAGCUAUGCUCAUGCCUCACCAGAAAGCAACUACAGCCGAUGGUUCCAGUAUCCUGGACAGAGCUGUUAUUGAGCACAACUUACUAUCUGCGAGCAAACUUUACAACAACAUUACUUUUGAAGAGCUUGGAGCAUUACUAGAAAUCCCUGCAGCUAAGGCAGAAAAGAUAGCUUCUCAGAUGAUAACUGAGGGUCGCAUGAAUGGAUUCAUUGAUCAGAUUGAUGGAAUUGUUCAUUUUGAGACUCGUGAAGCUCUGCCAACCUGGGACAAGCAGAUUCAGUCACUGUGUUUCCAGGUUAACAACCUGCUGGAGAAGAUAAGUCAGGCAGCCCCAGAAUGGACAGCACAAGCAAUGGAGGCCCAGAUGGCUCAGUGACUGUGCAGUCAUUGUGUGAACGGGGGCGAUCAACCACCGGGUGUGCUGGAAGAAGGGAACUGAGCAGGACUGCAAACCAAACGACUGACCUAUCCUCUUUUCCCCAUCUUCUGCUUUCAUUCUGGCUUAGGACACAGUUAGGUGAUGCCACGUUUGGUGUGACAGUCCUCCAGUUCUCUGAGCAUAGGAUGUUGCUGUUGCUGCCUCUACAUUGCAUUCUGCUGUCCUGAAAGCUGUGGUUUCCACAUAGAAGCAGCUGUGAUGUCUGCACCAGGCUUUGGUUUUGGUUUAUUUAAUUUUAUUUUUUUUCCCUGCUGUAUUACUGUAGCUUUGUAGCCCAUUACUUCCUAUGGUGUUUGCCCUGCUGUAAGAAUGUAAGUGCCAUGUUUUUUUCAGUUGUAAUUAUUCUAAUAAAGGCUGGAGU